CUUGUGGUGUAAAGAUCACAUGGCUUCACCUUGACUGACAACCAUCCAGCUCCUCAGUCUGCCCUCUUACCAGGGAAAUCCUUUUCCUCAAUGGUUGACCAUAGAAAUACCCUUCUGCUCUUUCUCAUCCUGUAAGAGACUGUUGAUAAAGUUCACCACCUUCACCACCAUGGCAGCUGCUCCAGAUGUACCCUGCCUGUCGGAGCUCACCGGACUCCCCAACCGGAACAUCAGCCUCGUCUCCGGCACCCAACCCUGCAACCAGAGCACCAUCAGAACCUCGCCCUACACCCCACAAGCCACCGCGGCUUUUGCCCUGGCUAUCACCUUCAUGAUGAUCGUGACCAUCGUUGGGAACAUCCUGGUCAUCAUUGCAGUCCUGACGUCCCGAUCCUUGAAGGGGGCUCAGAACCUUUUCUUGGUGUCGCUGGCUGCAGCGGAUAUUUUAGUCGCCACGCUUAUUAUUCCCUUCUCAUUGGCCAAUGAGCUCCAGGGCUACUGGGCCUUUAGCUCCAUUUGGUGUGAAAUCUAUCUGGCGCUGGAUGUUCUCUUCUGUACCUCCUCCAUUGUGCACCUAUGCGCAAUAGCUCUGGACCGCUACCUGUCAAUCUCUCGACCCGUGUCCUACGGCACAAAACGCACUCCUUCACGCAUCAAGGCAGCCAUUAUCAUCGUCUGGCUGAUCUCUGCUGUCAUCUCCUUCCCUCCUCUUCUCACCCUGGACAAAAGUGAAGGAGGUGAAGAGGUUUGUGAACUAAACAACGAACGCUGGUAUAUUCUCUACUCCACCAUUGGAUCAUUCUUCGCCCCCUGUGUGAUAAUGAUCCUGGUGUACGUGAGGAUUUAUCAGAUCGCUAAGCAGCAUACUCGCUGCCCACCUGGACAGAAGCAAAAAGUGGUGGCAGUCGGAAAUGCUAGCGCGGUAACUAGCGAGCCAGUGGUGAAGUUAUCGGAGCAGUCACAACAGAACGGGGAUCAAGGAGGUACGACUGCCAGCCAGCAAGAAAAAGCCCUGACCAAAAUGUCUGGCUCGGAUUCUACCCCGUCAUCACUUCAGAAAGAGAGCACCAUAAGCCAGGACACUCAGCAGCAUCCUCCUCAUUUGAGUACCACUCCAGUCCAAAAAUCCUCCUCUUCAAUCCCCCAAUGUGGCAGCCAAAUCCUCUCAGCUGUUCAGAACAAAGAAUCCCAGAAACAUUCAGACGAAGGGGGGGAAGUACUUCCCGACAACACCUCCAGCUCUGGCUCUGAGCUGGAAAUUGGUGACGAAGAUCUCAGAGAAGAGGGCAAAGGAGAGACGAACACAACUGACAAGCAAACUUCAGGGUUGCCCCAAAGCAAAGGAUUCAAAGUUCAGGUGCUAAACCUGGCCUACAAAUACAAAAACACUAUGGCCACAUCAUCUGGCACUAAACUGGCACCUGAGGGAGCGCCUACAACUCAGGGGACGCCCAAUUCCCGCCGCAAAGCCAUGGUGAACAGGGAGAAAAGGUUCACCUUUGUUCUGGCCGUAGUGAUGGGAGUGUUUGUGAUCUGCUGGUUCCCCUUUUUCUUCUCUUACUCGCUUCAGGCUGUGUGCCCUGAGACUUGCAGCAUCCCCAACCCUUUAUUCAAAUUCUUCUUUUGGAUUGGCUACUGCAACUCCUGCCUCAACCCGGUCAUAUACACCAUCUUCAACAAGGAUUUCAGGAAGGCUUUCAAGAGGAUACUGUGCAGGGACACAAAGGGUACGUUCUUCUAGAAAGGAAGCUAUAAUUAUGUUUUGAACUGCUGGCGGACAGAGAGACCUUUAUCAAAAAUUACUUCUUUCGUUCUGUACUUUAUGUAUUUGACUGGGAUUGACCUUCUGCAGCAUCGACAUAAACACUUGUACAUUAAGGAGGAAAUUGCGUCCAUUUUCUCCUCUCCUUCUGCUUCUGUCUGUUAGCUGAGUUAAGAGCUGCACUGACAGAGAUGCAAACUUCAGAAAAACCACAGUCAAGUGGCCGAGUCAAUUAUCCUUAAUGUUAUUUAAGAAUACAAUAUAAUUGUAUAUUCAGUGACUCUGAAGAAGAAUGAUUUGAUUAUAUUUUGAAACGGAAGUCAAGAGGAUACAGGGUCUGUGUUCAGUAAUUUAAAGUACAAACAGAGCUACGGUGGUGUAUGUGUUUUUGUGUGUUUGUGUGUAUGCAUGGGAGUAGAGGAGUGUUGCCUAAGGGCCUAACUGGAAGAGAACAAAUAUCACUAAGUGUCCUUUAUCGGAGAUAAAAUGGGCACUCAAGGAACACAAGAUCAGGGAAAAUGUGAGCAUCCUCGUCUCUGUGCUUCUGCCUCUCGCACUUUCCUUCCUCUAUUUCUUCCUCCAUCUAAAUCUGUGGCUUUGGAUAUGUACAUUAUGAUGGAUAAAGCUUUUAUUCUCUCUGUGUAUUCCCUAGUCUCUGUGAACCUGGGAUGUUACACCUCUCUUUGGGAAUUGCUCGUUAAGGUGAUAGCCAGAGGUGGGGAAAAACUAGAGCAAGAAAACUGAAAAUCAGCAGAGGUUGCAUGAAUGAUGGAAACUCUACAUGUGAAUGUGACACUUGGAGGCAUUUCAAGCUGAGCUGUUCACCCCCUCCACUCCCUUUAAUCUUUCUUCCCCUUUAAUGUUAUUUUUCCCCCUCUACACUAAGGAUGACGCAGGGAGUCAGUGCAUGUGUUUGAGGUUGCAGCUCAAGACGUGUUUUCCCAGGAUUUCUGCAGUGUUCAAUACUGGAGAGAAUGCAAUUCAAUACCUUACUUACACUUAGGAGCAAGAGAAAACAAUCAAUAAGGCCUGCCUCUGUUAAAGUACACAAACUUAAUGACAUUUAUAACAGCAAUUCAAACAGGCCUAUGGGACACAGCUCCAGGUCAGAGGAGUCCUGAGCCAGAGCCUCUGUAUGAAGUAACUAUUCACAGUUGUUGUUUGAAAGUCAGCCUCAUUUGAAAGAUUGAGGUAAAACUAUCCCAAAGAGAGACUAAGGAGAUUUUAUAUAGGAGGUGUGGGGGGCCAAUACCUGGACUCACUGAGCAACAGAAAACUGAUGGAUUGAUUAACAAAUCAAAAAAUAAAUAAAUAAUUAGGUAAUUAUAAGUCGCCUCCUAGCAACUAUUUCCUGACAGUCAAAAGUUAAUAUGUUACCGUGUACAGAAAAGAUAUGAAUGAAAGUACUUUUCCAGACCUGCAGACACUCUGUUUCAUUGAGGCUGUGAUUUAUUUGCAGUGAAAUAUGACGGACAGUGAGCUGUGAACCCUUCACAGUGUGCUCUCUGCCAAAGCAAUACAGACUGUAUCUGAACUUGGCACUGACCCUGACGAUGAGCUGAAUCCCUGAUGAAGAAACUCGUCCUCCUCGCUCUGGACUGAUCUGAUGUGAUGUGUGUAUGAAUACUGUACGUGUGUUUGAGUGUAUUUGCAGCUGCAUGUUUUACAAAAAUGCACUUCUUAUCUUGAAAGCAUCUAGUACUGUAUACACAUGUAAGAUAACCCUGAUGUUGGAAUCAGCUUUUGUACAGUACUAGCUUAAACAUAAACCAAUAUUACUGACUGUCAUUUUAAAGUCCAACUGAAAUUAAAAUGAAGUUUUAUUCUGCUCUGUACACUAUAUGUCCUCUGCUCUGCUGUGAGAAACCAGGCUAACAGACUGCAGCUAUGCUAGCAGCUCUGUGAGGCUGUCUGUAGACACAGCAGUGCUCUGGGUUGAAUGUUAACAUCAGCAUGCAAACAUGCUCACAAUGACAGUGUUGAUGUGUAGCAGCUUAGUGGUUAGCAUGCUAACAUUUGCUCAUAAUGCCGCCUUCAUGUCAUCAUUUAAACCAUAACUAUGUGCCGGUGUGAAAAGUAUCAGCAUCUGAUUUGUUAUUCCAGAUUUUCAGGUGUUAGGAAGUUUGACAGCAAUGACAUCUCCCAGUUUGUGAAAAGAGCUACAGACGUGUAGACUGUAGUGAGGAAAUAGUGGGAAAUCUCAGGAGCUAUUGUGACCAACUAGCAUUAGCCUGGUUGGGCUGGC